AUGACAAAAGCUUCUACGAUCGCCCUUGUUUCCUUAGCGAUUUACAUAUCGUCGUCCUUCAAAUUUGCCUAUGCAACAGGUGCAGCUGCGCCUGAGGCAGCUGAAUCAAACAAGUUCAAAGUCGUAGGCCACGUAUACUUCGACACUUGCCGAACCGUAGCGACGGAGCCCUUACCUUCCAGAGCCCCGGAAAUAACGACGAUGCAAACGGGAGACUACAGCAUCGAUGUGGAAGGAGAUUAUGAGGAUUCGGAUUGCGACGUCACGUUGAUGAGGAGUUCCUGGCCGGAUUGUAGUGAUCUGACAGACGAGUGGAGAAAAGCCAGGGUUGUUCUCACCUCGCUCGACGGUGUCAGCGGCAACAUUCGGUUUGCGAACAGUCUCGGGUUCAAGAAGAAGGAAGCUCUCCCUGAGUGUAAGAAAGUUCUUACGGAGUUGGGCUAUUAUGAGCUACAGAAUGAACUUGGACGCGAAGCUGUCCCUUGA